UUAACAAAGUGGUGUGCGCAGGCCAGGACUGACCGGGGGCGCUGAGAACUUGAAGCAAACAUAAUACUUAGUAACCGAUUGUGAUAGCUGUUAAAAAUAGAAUUCCGGACAAAGUCUGAAAUUUAAAUUCACAAAAUUCCCCCCCUGCAAAUUCAAUAACUGACGAGGACACGCGGAAGCGGCAAAAAAGGCCAAACUUAUUUCCGUUAAGCGAAAGUCAAUUUAUUGUAUGAGUCAAAAAAUAGAAAGACCAGUGCUAUCGGGUCAACGCAUCAAGACCAGAAAAAGAGAUGAAAGAGAAAAAUAUGACCCAACGGGAUUCCGUGAUGCGGUCAUUGCUGGUCUCGAAAAAACUGAUGGCGACUUGGAGCAAAUCUCUAAAUAUCUAGACAUCGCGGGCAACAAGCUCGACUAUCGUCGCUACGGUGAAGUUCUCUUUGAUAUAUUGAUUGCGGGUGGUCUAUUAGUGCCUGGUGGUUCCAUUUCUCAGGAUGGCGAAAAGCCGCGCACCAAUUACUGCAUCUUCGAUGCCCCCGAGAGCAUGGAAUCCAUGCGCAACCAUGAGCAGGUAUUUGUUAAGCUCAUCAGACGGUACAAGUACCUCGAGAAAAUGUUCGAAGAGGAGAUGGGUAAAGUUCUAUUAUUCGUAAAGGGCUUUACUCCAAGUGAACGCAUCAAGCUUGCGCGAAUGACUGCGCUCUGGUUAGUUAAUGGCUCUGUACCGCCAAAUGUGUUAUUGGUACUAAAUAACGAGCAUCUGAUCAAGGAUGGCAUUGCACUGGAGUUUCUACUGGAGCUAUUUCAGACGUUCAAGCAAGAGAAGGGCAUUGCAUAUCUGAUUCAGGCGCUUAAAAAGGGUGGACUGGAAAGCAAACUUAUGGACUUUUUCCCACCAAACAAACGUACUGAGGAAUAUUUUAAACAAGUUUUUCUUGACAAGGAACUCAAUGAGAUCGUCAAGCUGCAUAAGGCGCAGGCUAGCCAGGAGGCCAAGCGUGAGCUUCAGCAGACCCUCAUCGAUGAUAUCAACGAUGAGAAGGCACACAAUGAGAUAACCGCUGACAUUAAAGAGUUUUCGGCACGCAACAACAUUCCCGAUCAUGAAAUAAUUGUUAUUAUUUGGUCUACCAUCAUGUCGUUGGGCGAAUGGAACAAGAAGGAGGAGCUGGUCACUGAUCAGGCUGUUCGUCACUUGAAGACGUACUGCACUUUGUUUCAGGCAUUCGCCUCAACAGACCGCUCGGAAUUGGCCCUGAUCCUUAAGGUUCAGGAGUUCUGCUAUGAGAAUAUGAACUUUAUGAAGGCCUUCCAGAAGAUCAUAUUGUUGUUCUACAAAACAGAGGUCAUCUCCGAGGAGAUCAUCUUGCGCUGGUACAAGGAUGGUCAUUCCAACAAAGGCAAAAUGCAUUUCCUCGAACAAAUGCGCAAGUUUGUCGAAUGGCUGCAAUCAGCCGAAGAAGAAUCCGAAUCUGAGGACGAACAAAAGAAUGGCGAUUAAACGCGGAGCAGCUCUCCCAUAAGCAAACCAUCCACAUACAGACACACAUCUGCAACAUCCCCUCCAUAGAUAUGCAUAGCCAGCCCACAUCCCAAAUAUCCACCCAAGGCAAUGGCGAAGAGAGAGAGAAUUUCUAAAUUAAUGUAUACCCCACCACCCCCUCAAUCCUCAAUCAGUUCCCGAUUUGUGAAUGCAAUAUAUUUCUUAACUAUACAACAACAGCAAACGGAUAGAAUUGUGUUAAUAAACGUUUAAAGAUUUACAAUUACCAAAAAACAAAUUAUCACCACACACAUACAACUACACAGAAGAGGCAUCUCGAACAAGAAAUUGGAAAGAAUUGAACGCAUUAUAAUCCAUAAAAUUGAGUGGAACAUCCCAGAUGUAUUCGCCAUGUUCGAAAAUGGGCUGCAGGCCCGUUUGUAUGUUCGCAAUUAUUUAUUUAACAAAUCUACCCCCGGCACAUAUGCAUAUAU